AUGGCUGAAUUUCUAGAACAACUUAAACAAGUGUAUUUCCGUGUAUUCCCCUCUGAGGCGGGCAAAGGGCAAAUCGGUUCAAUUGAAUUCAAUAUUUGGCUAUCACAAAUGUCGGGCGUACCGUUAUCGCCAUGGUUUGUGCCGCUACGCCGAUCACAGCUUGUGAAUGUAUUAUUGCUGAUCUGCGAUAUUCUUCGUUAUUUUUCAGAUCCCGACUUGGCUGGUCAAAUAUUUCCAUAUCGUGUUACAAUGCCCGCUUGGUUGCCGUUCUUCAUGCAGGUGUUCUAUAUAGGUGUCACUGAUUUCAUGUUUGCCGUGCAAAUUGUCACAGUUGAUUACUUAAAUAUAAGCAUGAUGAAUUUACUACGAUGCCAUUUGAAUAUCAUUAAAUCCACUUUUGAUGAACUCAUUUUGGACGAAUAUCACGUGAGAAGCGAUAUGAAGCGUAUACGUGAUCCUAAUGCACGAAUGGCUGACAUUGUGGAGCAUCAUUGUAUAUUAAAGUCCGUGCGUGAUGACGUUGAAUCCAUAUUUCGCCUGUCCAUAUUGCUGCAAUUCUUCACUUCUUAAGUUAUAUCUGCGGUGACGGGCUUUCAAGCGACUAUAAACUCUAGUAAUUCCAACAGUGAGAUGAUAAUUUAUUUCUAUUGCUUUUGCAUUUUUACACAGCUUUUCGGCUAUUGUUGGUUCGGCAAUGAGGUUAAUGAACAGAAUAAAACUCUCGCUGCUCAUGGUUAUGGCUCGUCUUGGUAUCGCUUCGAUCAACGAUUUCGAAAGUCGCUCGCCAUUUUUUUGCUCAACGCCCAACAACCGUUUAAUUUUACUGGCGGUGGAUUUGUCGACUUGUCGUUGCCCAGUUUUACGAACGUAAUGAGUAAGGCCUACAGCUUCAUCGCUGUACUGCGUCAAAUAUAUGAACGUUAAGAACGUUAAAAGGAAUUCCCCUAAAUUUGUGCUAUUUACAAUUACUCUGAUCAGUACACUUGCUUGUAUCCACAG